AUGUCGAAAGAAGAUGGUGGUGAUUAUAAGUAUAUUGGUCAACUGGGUUGUGAGAGUGUGCAAUGGAAAGCUUCAGAGAUUAGAUGGGGGAAAUUUGAAUCCUUCCUUAGAGAUUCACAUGUUUGUACUCGGAUUGCUAUGAUUUGCUAUAAAGAUGUAGUUGAAGAUAUGAAGAACUUGAAGUAUGUCUUUGAGACUACAAAUGCUGCUAUGGGUGAGCUACAAAUUGUUGGAGAAGCGUCUGGUGAGAUUCAUGCUUUUAUCGAACAUGAAUGCUCAAAUAAUAUGCGUGAUGUCAUUCAUCUUCUGCCGAGUAGUCAGGCUGAAGAUCUUGGUGAAAGAGAUGAUAAUGAUGAUGGAAAUGAAGCUGAUGUUGAUGAAAGUGAGAAUGAUGGUGACAAGAGACCAAGGGAAGAGAAUGAAGGAGAUGGUCGUAAUGAUGAGAGAUUUAACGAUUUGUUUGAAGAAGGUGCAAAAACACAGAAAGCAAAGUCUCAAGAUGAGGAGGAAAUGGCCGAGGAAGUAAAAGAAGCAGAAGAAAGCGAUGAAGACUAUAAAAGAUAUGAGUUAGGGGAUGCUGGAUAUCCAGACACACCAGUUGAAUCGGAUGAGGAGUGGGAGGCUUGGGCAAAUAAGAAAAUAUCUAAAGAGGUCAAUAGAAUAGCUGCGAUUUGUUGUGAAGACGGUUGCAAGUGGAGAGUAUAUUGUACAGUGGAGGUUCCAAUGAACAAAUGGAUGGUCAAAGUAUUUCACAUGAGCCAUAACCAUGGAAACUCAAGAAACGAACCUCUUGAAGAUCUGCAGAACAAAGGCAAAGCAACUAGACAUGGAAGGACAUUUCAUUGUAGUAAUUGCGGUCAAGCUGGUCAUAUUAAGAGUGGAUGUAAGAAUGAGGUUGUUUUUAUGGAGGGACCAAAAAACAUACAAGGCCGCACUUGUAAAAAUCUGGAUGAGGUUAUGCCAAAACGCCCUACACAACAAAGAAAAAAGAAGAAGACAUCUUUAGAUAUAAGCAACUCUCAACUUUUACAAGAAGAUGAAUCAAGUACACCAAUUCCGGCUGCAUCUAGUGCGCCUGAACCAUCAGUUUCAUCCAACAACACAAACCCUCCACUAAAGAAAAAACGUGGAAGAGCACUGAAAAUAACGAAGCCCAGCAACAUUAGUAGAGGUACAUCUAAGCUAAUGAGUGCAUUCAUAUACCGUCCUUUUGAUGUGUUUAAGGAUACUGGUGAUCAAUUCAAGCCUCCACAAUAG